GUUUGGCCCAAUCAUUUUUAAAAAGUCCGGAUCUUGUCUUCCAUGCUAGGUAAGGUAGGGUUGAACAAGAAGGACCUUUUCAUUUUUCCGCCUUUCCUCAAUAACCCUGCCGCCCUGCGCUCAAGCCGUUCUUUCUGCUUCAACUUCAUUCAUCAGUGCGCCUCCAAGUCUGCAAUUUUCUUUCUCAUUCAACGGUGCUCUCCCCAAGCAGAGGAAAAGAGACAUGAAGUUCAUCGCCGCAUACUUGAUGGCUGUGCUCGGAGGCAAAGCCAGCCCUUCCGCCGGUGACAUCAAGAAAAUCCUUUCUUCUGUUGGUGCCGAGGCCGAUGACAGUAAGCUUGAGUUGCUCUUGUCUCAAGUUGAGGGGAAAGAUAUCACUGAGUUGAUUGCAGCUGGAAGGGAGAAAUUAGCUUCCGUACCAAGCGGUGGUGGUGGUGGUGUGGCAGCUGUUGCUACUGCACCUUCCAGUGGCGGUGGGGCAGCCCCAGCUGCUGAAGAGAAGAAAAAGGAAGAGAAGGUUGAAGAGGAUACCGACGAGGAGAUGGGCUUUGAUCUUUUUGGAGGAGAUGAUUAGAGUUGUUUUACUUCUAUAUGUUUGUUUGGAUAAUACUAUCAAGUUUUAGCAUCCCUUCCUGUUUUUUACUAAUCUUUUUUCUGCUUAUUGUAUGAUAACAAUAGCUGAAUCAUGAUUCAUGAACCUGACAUCUCCAUCUUCAUUCCCCUUUCAAGCCUAUUUUUGAAAACAAUUUUUAUUAGAACACCAUAUUGUAUAUUUUACUUUGAGUUUCAGUGGUUCUGCUGGCAUUAUUUAUUGAUUUAUUCUCUUCGUACUCUCUAA